AUGGAAAAAAGCCUGCAUGCCAGCUUAUAUAAUAACUUACCAGGCCCAGAAGUGUCACCAGAGUGCAAAAGAGUGCCGGAAACAAAGAACCCGACAAGCAUGGUCUUAAAGGUGCUUUCCUCCUGCAUAAAAGAGACCCUCAGAGAUAUCCCAGAGGAAAAGCGUGCAGAGAUCGAAGUGUUGGUCGACACUUUCCUGCCGGAAGCCCUAGAAAACACAUUCAGAACGAUAGUUAAAAAACACUGUGUAAUAAGCCCUGAAGCAGUUGAAUUCCUCGCGAAAGAAGCCAGCAAAGACGCAGUUAUUCGCAGAGUGUCACAAGAACUCUCCAGCUUAGCCCGAAAAAUAGACGCUUUUAUUCUCAACCAGAAAAUUGCAUACGAGAAAUACAUCGACCAAGCCAUCGCAGAAAACGUGCAAAUACUGCAGAGUGUGCAGAGCAUGUGCAAUAAAGCCGGCUUUAUCGUUCCAGAGCUGCUCUAUUUUGAAGCUGCGAAGAAGUUCAACACACAGCCACUGAAAGAAGCAGCGGAAGUGCAGAAGAAGUUCUUCCGCGAGACCACAGCCCGAAUAACCCAGCUGCUCGAGGAAAAAAAGAUAGCAGAAAAAGCUCUGAGGAGCUACAGGAAAGCCCUAGAGGAAAAUGAAGAAGAAGAAAGAAGGCUUUCCCAGGACUAUGCCGGCUCAGACGUGGAGAAGUACGCGCUAGAAAAAGCCUUCGACAAAUUCCGGGCGUAUUGCUCGCACGGGGACAAUACCCCGAAUAACCCGGCCUUAAAAAGUGGAGGCACAGAUAGCGAGUGCGUGCGCUCUAUUCAGGAAGUAGCCGGGAAACUGUCGGAGAAAAAGCAGGAGGAGUUCCUGGGCGAUGCAAGAGCGUACGCGGAAAAGUGCGAGAGAGUGAAGAAAGGCGCUCAGGAUGCGCUAGACGAGGCCAUUUCCUACUUCCACGAUGGAGUAGACUCUGGUAUUUUUAAAUGCCUUGAGAUUCUGAUAGAUAACAUCGAUGACGCGAUAAAAAAUUUGCAAGAGCCUGAAACAAUGGGAAUGAGAGAGCUUCAGUAUGAGUUGAUAGACGUCCUGUUCAUGCUCCAAAGACAGAUGCUUACUCGCUUCCAUGCUUUACAGGGAAAGCUCAUGGAUUCUUAUUUGAGCAUGCCUUUCGGCUCUGCAGCAGGCAAGUCUGCAAGGAGCAAGUUCGCGUAUUUCACCUGUUUAUUUGAUAAAAUACUGGAAAUAUUUCCAAAUGAAGAAAUAAAACCAGGCACGGAUAAUAACCCGAAUAGCCUGAGCCCAGUUUUUAAAAAAAUCGUAUCGGAAAGUAAGGAAAGGAUGCAGGCUCUUGAACGAGAGUUGGCGUCAUUUGACGAAAACACAAGCGAAAAGAGCCUCGAAGAAAAGGCGCGUUUUUACUAUGCCUGCCUGAUGGAGUUUAGAAAGGAAAAUUCAAGGCUCUUGGGCCUGAUUAAGGAGAAAAUUGAGGCUUCGAUGGCCCCGGGCCCCUUAAAAGUUACGAAGAAUUUUGAAGAAAUCCCGAAUAACCCAGAGAUCAUCGAAAAAGCGAAAAAAAUGCUUGAAGAGACACUUCAGAAGGACCCGCAGGGUCUGCUAAGUUCUAAGUUUAUCGUCCAAAACAAACACUUUUUGGCGGAGCUGCCAAAAGUGGCAAAACAGCUUGACAAAAGAGUAGCCGAAGCUUUAGGAGAGCGUCUAUAUAAUGGGGCGAGGAGAGGACGCCAGACUACACUCCGACACUCACUUUUCGGGGCUUUCUCCAUCUUUAUAAUUCUGUCGUGGGGGCUUAUGUAUAGUUUUAGAACUGCAUUAAAAAAAUAA